AGUCUGACGUUAGCGGCGCCGCCCGCGGCUGUUCAAUUUUUCAAAAUAAUAAAUUUACGGAUGUAAACAAGUAAACACACACAGUUUGUAAAGAGUCUGAUGAAAUAUUUAAGGUGUAAUUAUGGCUUUAAAAUCAUCAAUAACAAAAUAUUCAAGUAAAAGGGUGCUUCCGCACACACCUUCAAAUGCUAAGGAAAAUGUUUACCCAUUCACUAACCCUCCAACCACACCUGCAUCUGCGAAGUCGAGAAGUAAAAGUAAUCCACAAGCACUCUUUGGCACACCUGACUGUUAUAACACUGUCACAUUUGGGACACCUCUAAACCGGAGAACAACAUCUGAACAUUAUUCGCAGAGCAGCGAGUCCGAAGAAGAUGGGUUUAGUGUAACUGUGGCUGUUAGAGUUCGCCCAUUUAGUCAAAGAGAGCUCAACAACAGUGCAUCAACAUGUGUUGUAGCUAUGCAAGGAAAUGAAACAUUUGUGAAGAACAAGACAGGCAGUGCUAGCAGGUUUUGUUACGAUCACUGUUUCUGGUCUUUUGAUGAAGUCAGCUGUGAAUUUGCUGACCAGACGCUUGUCUACAAUAGGCUUGGCAAGCCUCUGCUCAUAAGUGCAUUUGAGGGCUACAAUACAUGUCUCUUUGCCUAUGGUCAAACAGGAUCUGGAAAAUCAUACAGCAUCAUGGGAUAUGGAGAGGAUAAAGGUAUCAUUCCUAGAUUUACCAAGGAGCUGUAUUACAGAAUAGAAAACCCAGAGGAAGAACAUGUAACUUACGAUAUUGAAAUAAGUUUCUUUGAAAUUUACAAUGAAAAAAUUCAUGACCUUUUAGCCGCGGCAUCAGAGAAAGGUCGCAAAUCUUUGCGUGUUCGUGAGCACCCUACACUUGGUCCUUAUGUGGAAGGAUUAUCAACAUUUGUGGCUAAAUCCUUUGCUGAUAUAUGUGGGUGGAUUGAACUUGGUAACAAGCAGAGAGCAACAGCAAGCACUGGGAUGAAUGAUAAGUCAAGUCGAUCACACUCGGUCUUUACAAUUAUCAUGACAAAAACUAAGAUGGAAAAACUAGAAGGAGAAGACUUGAUCCAUCGUGUGACAAGUCGCAUCAACCUCAUCGAUCUUGCUGGCAGUGAGCGUUGCUCCUCAGCUGCUACAUCAGGUGAUCGUCUUAAGGAAGGGGCAAGCAUUAACAAGUCACUUCUAACCUUAGGCAAGGUUAUCUCAAAUCUUUGUGAUAAAUCAGUAAACAAGAGGAUCAAAGCAUUUAUCCCUUACAGAGAAAGUGUAUUGACAUGGUUGCUAAAGGACAGUUUAGGAGGCAAUGCUAAGACAGCCAUGAUCGCUACUAUCAGCCCUUCUAGUAUACACAUUGAGGAGACGUUAAGCACGCUUCGUUAUGCUAAGCAGGCGCGAUCCAUCAUCAAUGCUGCUAAGGUGAAUGAAGAUCCAAAUGCACGUUUAAUACGAGAACUGCGAUCAGAAGUGGAGAAGCUUCGGAGAAGUCAGAAUGGAAGAGCGUCAGACACGGCAUACCAGUCAAGUCUCGCAGAAAUCAAGUCUUUAAAAGAACAGCUGAACGAGAGUGAACGACGGAUGGCAGAAGCCACAAGAGCUUGGCAGGAGAAGUUACAACAGAGUGAGAAGAGUAGGGAACAACAGUCGAGAGGAUUAGAGAAAUCUGGUAUCUCACUGAAGGUAGACAAUAAGCUCCCUAACCUUGUGAAUUUGAAUGAGGACCCUCAGCUUUCUGAAGUUUUACUCUACCUAUUAAAAGAAGGUCAAAAUAUAGUAGGUCAACAAAGUAAAUCCUCCAAACACGAUAUACAGCUUCAGGGUGCACUAGUGGCCCCAAAACACUGUAUAUUCAACAAUGUCAAAAACAUAGUAAGCAUCAGUCCCAUGUUGGAGGCAGAUACAUACUUGAAUGGGGCACUUGUCACUUCUCCUACAGUAUUGCACCACGGAGAUCGCAUUGUGAUUGGUGAUCACUAUUUCCGAUUCAACCACCCUGUGGAGGUUGGCAGUGGAAGGCAUAAACAACGUAAAUCAUCUCGUAGUAAACAAAGUGACUUUGAGUUUGCCAGGAAUGAACUGAUCUCUGCCCAAGCUGCAAGAUUAGAGAGUGAACAAGCUUCCAAACUCAAAGAACAUCAGCAAGCUGCCCAGCAAGAACUUGAGGAACAGAAGAAGUAUUAUGAAGCCAGGUUGAUCUCAUUGUCCACUGAGUUGGAAAAACAGAAUGUUGCUGCUGAAGAUAAGAUAACCAAGCUUCAGGACCAAAAAAGGAUGCUGGAAGAAGAAAUCCUGACGGAUGGUAAGAAAUUGAUCCAGAUGGAGGCUAUUGCCAAGGAAAGGCUAAGCCACUCCCACGUCAUCAUGGAACUUCAGCAGGAAAAGCUUCGGAUGGAGAAGAGCAUUCAGAGGCUCCACAAGCUGAAGCUACAGCAUGAAGAAAAGAAGAAAGUUGUUGUUGCAACAUUAGAUCCCUACAGAAGUAGACUGGAUUUACUACGUCUGUCUAUCCAUCUCCAGGAAGCAAAUAACAUCAGCAAAACACUCAAGAAACACACAAUUUUGAGUCGACAAGAUGUGGCGACCAGUGACCCCAGUCAAAACAUGGUGGUUAAGAUUCGUGUGAACAAUACUAGACUUGGAAUUGUCACAUACUGGAGUCUGGAUAAAUUUGAAGAAAAACUGCUACAAAUGAGAGAACUUUAUCAGAGUGUUGAUGUGGAUUGCUCCCAAGGAGAUGAUGUCUUUUAUGAUCCACAAGACUCCUGGCAAAAAGACAUCCAAAUGAAUCUUCCAAGCCCCUUACUACCAAGCAGUAGUACUAGCAGCAGCCUAUCAUCUGUUCAGUCAAGUGCUAGGUCAAGUCGAUGUUUGUCUGCAUCUCCAUCAAUUUCAGGAGAAAAGGAGGGUCCACUAGAUGCGUGGCCAAUACCGAAUCUCUGUCGGGAAACUCUUGGAAAGAUUUUAUCCAAACUGGACAACUUUCAGAUGGAAGAGCACAGCAUUGCUGAUGAAUUACUUAUCCAGAUGCAACAAAUUCUAACAGCUGUUAAUUUUAUUGAGCUUUUUCAAAGGAAGAAGAAUGAUGCAUUUAUUAAUUCAAGUGAUAUGUCAUGUGGUGUAGAUGUUGACACCAGCAUCAUGGAAGCUACUCAGGGCCUUCAAUACAUGUCUAGCCAAGCCCUGGAGUGGGCUAAGAACUUAUCUAGCCUAGAAGGACGUCUUAUACAAGAUCUAUCUGAACAGUUGGUGGACAGUACCAGGAAGAUAGUUAACAACUUCUGCAAGAUGUUACAGGGAUGUGAGGGUGACAUAGUAACCAUGGUUACUGAAUCCCAGCAAGAGAUCACCAAAGGACUGACAUUCACUGCCAGAAUAAUUGGUGAAUUAGCGAUCGCUACGGAAACAGAGGUGACAACACUGGAUCCAGAAAGAAGCAGUAGAGAGGAAAGUACACCAAAGAUUGAUUGUGCACUGAAGCAAGGUAUCUUAGAUGGUGCUGAUGCGCUUGUGGACCGCACGAUACAAGAAGGAUUAAGAGUGAUAGGAGAUUGUGAAGAGAGGCUUCAGACAUCCUUACAAAAGGUGCAAGACACACAGAUGGAAGGCGGGUUAGUUGAAAACUGUGUACCAGUAGUUGGAUCAGUUCGUCUUCUUUUCAUCAAGGUCCAGGAAACUCAGUUCGAGUUAGCCUGUACCAUGAACAUUGACGAAUCCUUACCAGAUGUCUUUUACUGGAGAAGGUGUCAGAGGAAUCAGAAUGUGGCUAUGGCUACUGGUGCUCUUGCGGACUAUGUACAGGAGGUCUCCCAAAUAUCAUCACAUGUUUUAAAUGGUAAUUGGCAACGUUACGAAUUGCAACAGCUUGGGCAAACUGUAGGCUGUAUAAUAAAAACAUCACAACAAUUAGCGGAAGCAUCAUCCACAGUGGAUCUGCUUCCUUGGCAAACUAUAUCCAUGAUGUCCGGAAACACAUCCUUACAAUCAAACGCAUCCCAGCAAUCUUCUGCAUCUACUCAACCUCAUCGCCCUAGCGACCUCGUCCUCAUAGCCAGCCAACAGAUAAAGUCAGCCUCACAUGAGUUGAUAGCGGUCUUGGAGAAAAAAUUCGAACGCGAGAGGCACGAAGGUGUGUUGACACCUACAAAAGGUAAACGUACCUUACCAUGCGCACCGGAGAUAUCGCAUGCUUCACACGUCAAAUAGACCAUUACGUUAGUGGACUUAUCUGAUGUCUAGCCCCAAAUAAAACAACUGCAAAUGGUUUAUAAAGCUAACUAUUGCCUGAAGCUAUGCAACAUCUUGUGGCAUUUCGUUUAACUAGGAAAUUCAUUUUGACAGCUUCAAGUAUAAUUUUGGAAUAAAACUAAAGUUUCUUCUUCGAAUGUUUUGAGUCAAUGGAUGGAAGGUUUGAUGCACUUUUUAGAACCUGUAUGUAUAUGCAGGCACAGACCCUUACUCAAUUGAUGCAAUUUUUUUUUUUUUUUAAUGAAAAUUUAGUAGUACAAUAUUAUGGGAAAUUGCAUUGCAAUUAAUUAUUUUCUCAAUGAACUUUUAGUAUGAAUAAUCAGUCAUAGUUUCUUUUAAAAUAUUAAUUUUUAUAUAUUUUAGCAAUUCAUGUUUUUUUCAUGAUUAUUUUGUGUUCUGGAAACAUGCAGAAGGUAUUGAUAACAAGCACUCUCACUCCUCCCUAAUUUUUAGGAAUAUACUGUAUGAAUACUUAUUUAUUGUGUAAAUAUAAAUUGUACAAAUAUGUAGAUUAAAGCCAUGUCUUACUGAAUUACCAUAGUGAUAUGAAAGUAGCUUUAUUAGCAUAGGACACAACAACGGUACUUUUAGACUAAUAUAUUUUAUACACACAAGCUCUGUGUUUUUUCAUUUUAAGUACAAUCACCAGCCUUAGCCUUAGUUAUGAGAACAAACACUGAUGUCACGUGUUAAAUGAUUUUGAACACAGGAGUCUGGUAUUUGAAGUCAGGUCUUUUAAAAACGUUAGCUAAAGCUCCACUUCUUCAUGCAGCAAGUCUGCCAGACGCAGAUCCAGUUCAGUUGUGGGUGGGGGGGCACUAAAUUUUUAAUUUCAAAGCAUAUCGAUGUUAUGUAUUAAGAUUAGCACUACUCACAUCUAUUCUUAAGAUGUUGUGCUCCCUGUUUGAAAAAUUCUGGAUCUGCCCCUGUCCACUGGCCUGCAGUGUGGAUUUCUGUGAAUGAUGUUCUCAAAAUAUAAUUCUGACAUUUGACAUAAUUUGAACCCUGACAUAUGACAUGAUUUGAACCCAGGGUUUUGCGUUUAAAAGACAAUUUUCCCUGAUGGUUCUCUAGGUGCUUAUUAUUCAUCAGGUACUUGUUUUUAAUUCAUGCUAAGAUCGGUAGUACAGUACAUGUAACUGGUUUCAUUCAGCAACUGCCCUAGAGGAAAAUAAUAUGUAAAACAUAAGUUGAUUUUUACUUUAUCUUUUAAUAAUUUAAUGUAAUUGUCCCAUUGAAGAUAAACGUGGCUUCUUUAUGCUACUUAAAGGGCUAUGGUGUGGUGAGAGCAUAAUGUGUAAAUACAAUGUGAAAUAAAUAGAAUUUAAAUAGAAUAUGUUACUAUCAAGAUUUAUGUGACAAAUGUCACAUGGGCAAAUCAGGUAUUGUCACAUAAAAUCUUUGUUGUGUGGACAGUGCUAACUUUGUUUGAAAAUGGUACUUUGUGUGAAGUAGUCUAUCAUGUUGAUGGAUUUUCUAUUUUUCUAUCUGUGUGAAAAAUUUCUGUCGAGAGAUGUUCUUAUGAAAUACACCACAACACCUUAUUUGGCUCAUAAUUAAAUAGUAAUCACAAUAAUGUACAA